AUGUCGGGCCAAACGCUCACGGAUCGGAUCGCCGCCGCUCAGUACAGUGUAACAGGCUCUGCUGUAGCGAGAGCAGUCUGCAAAGCCACCACUCAUGAAGUGAUGGGCCCCAAGAAAAAGCACCUGGACUAUUUGAUCCAGGCUACCAAUGAGACCAAUGUUAAUAUUCCCCAGAUGGCCGACACUCUCUUUGAGCGGGCAACAAACAGUAGCUGGGUGGUUGUAUUUAAAGCUUUAGUGACAACACAUCAUCUCAUGGUGCAUGGAAAUGAGAGAUUUAUUCAGUAUCUGGCCUCUAGAAAUACGCUAUUCAAUCUCAGCAAUUUUUUGGACAAAAGUGGAUCCCAUGGUUAUGAUAUGUCUACCUUCAUAAGGCGCUAUAGUAGAUAUUUGAAUGAAAAGGCUUUCUCUUACCGACAGAUGGCAUUUGAUUUUGCCAGAGUGAAGAAAGGGGCCGAUGGUGUAAUGAGAACAAUGGCUCCGGAGAAGCUACUAAAGAGUAUGCCAAUACUGCAGGGACAAAUUGAUGCACUGCUUGAAUUUGAUGUGCAUCCAAAUGAACUAACAAAUGGUGUCAUAAAUGCUGCAUUUAUGCUUCUUUUCAAAGAUCUUAUCAAACUUUUUGCUUGCUACAAUGAUGGAGUUAUUAACUUACUCGAAAAGUUUUUUGAAAUGAAGAAAGGACAGUGUAAAGAUGCUCUAGAAAUUUACAAACGAUUUCUAACUAGAAUGACACGGGUGUCUGAAUUUCUCAAGGUUGCAGAGCAAGUUGGUAUUGAUAAAGGUGACAUUCCUGACCUCACACAGGCUCCCAGCAGUCUUAUGGAGACCCUUGAACAGCAUCUAAAUACAUUAGAAGGAAAGAAACCUGGAAACAAUGAAGGAUCUGGUGCUCCCUCUCCAUUAAGUAAGUCUUCUCCAGCAACAACUGUUACGUCUCCCAAUUCUACACCAGCUAAAACUAUUGACACAUCCCCACCGGUUGAUUUAUUUGCAACUGCAUCUGCGGCUGUCCCAGUCAGCACUUCCAAACCAUCUAGCGAUCUCCUGGACCUGCAGCCAGACUUUUCCUCUGCCGGGGCGGCAGCAGCCGCGGCACCAGCACCACCAGCACCCGCUGGAGGCGCCACUGCAUGGGGAGACCUUUUGGGAGAGGAUUCUUUGGCUGCGCUUUCCUCGGUUCCCUCUGAAGCACAGAUUUCAGACCCGUUUGCACCAGAGCCCACCCCUCCUGCUACAACCGCUGAAAUUGCAACCGCUGCAGCUUCUGCCUCAACUACCACAACUGUCACUGCUGUCACUGCUGACGUGGAUCUCUUCGGAGAUGCCUUUGCAGCUUCUCCUGGGGAGGCCCCUGCAGCAUCCGAAGGGGCCGCCGCACCAGCUACCCCAACCCCUGUAGCAGCAGCACUUGAUGCAUGUUCAGGAAAUGACCCCUUUGCUCCAUCUGAAGGUAGUGCAGAGGCUGCGCCCGAGCUGGACCUAUUUGCAAUGAAGCCACCAGAGACCAGUGUUCCUGUAGUUACCCCUACAGCUAGCACAGCCCCUCCAGUUCCCGCAACUGCUCCUUCUCCUGCUCCUGCUGUUGCAGCUGCCGCUGCUGCCACUACCGCUGCCACCGCCGCCACCACCACUACUACCACCUCCGCUGCCACCACCACCACCGCUCCUCCUGCUCUAGAUAUCUUUGGUGAUUUGUUUGAGUCUGCACCUGAAGUCGCUGCAGCGCCUAAACCGGAUGCUGCUCCUAGCAUAGACCUGUUUGGUACAGAUGCUUUCUCCUCUCCACCACAAGGGGCCUCUCCUGUGCCUGAGAGUUCUCUCACUGCUGACCUCUUAUCCGUGGAUACAUUUGCAGCACCAUCUCCUGCAACCACUGCCUCUCCAGCAAAGGUGGAUUCUUCAGGUGUGAUAGACCUUUUUGGGGAUGCAUUUGGAAGUAGUGCUUCUGAACCCCAACCUGCAUCUCAGGCUGCUUCUAGCUCAUCAGCAUCGGCAGACCUCCUAGCUGGAUUUGGGGGUUCUUUCAUGGCCCCUUCUCCGUCACCGGUGACUCCAGCUCAAAAUAACCUGCUACAGCCCAAUUUCGAGGCAGCUUUUGGAACAACGCCUUCAACUUCUAGCAGCAGCUCCUUUGAUCCAUCAGGUGAUCUUUUGAUGCCAACCAUGGCACCAGCUGGGCAGCCUGCACCUGUCUCAAUGGUACCACCCAGUCCCGCCAUGGCAGCCAGCAAAGCCCUUGGGAGUGAUCUUGACUCAUCCCUUGCCAGCUUAGUGGGCAGUGAAUGGCAAGGAGCUGUACCUCCAACCAGUUCAGUUCCUCCUGUUGCCGGGGCCGCAUCGGUUGGACAACCUGGAGCAGGAUUUGGAAUGCCUCCUGCUGGGACGGGCAUGCCCAUGAUGCCACAGCAGCCCGUCAUGUUCGCACAGCCCAUGAUGAGACCGCCCUUUGGAGCUGCCGCUGUACCUGGCACACAGCUUUCUCCAAGCCCUACACCUGCCACUCAGAGUCCCAAGAAACCUCCAGCAAAGGACCCAUUAGCGGAUCUUAACAUCAAGGAUUUCUUGUAA